CGUGUCUGAUUGUCAUGUGAUUCCGAGAUCUCAGCAUUGUCUGUUCAGGUUCAGCGACCACCGCAAUCUCUAGCGGGAUAACGCUGAUCAUCGAUCGGCUCGCGUCGGGCGCGGGCUUCGCCGCCGGGUCAGCUAUACGGUCUGUCGCAACGUAGAAAGAGUUCGUUGCUGGUCGGUGUGUUUACGGUUGGGACCCGAAAGAGGAAUUCUUUUUUGCUGUAGUUAGUAAAAUUACAGAUCACCUGACUCAGUGUAAAGUUUCAAGAAAAAGCAGGUCAUUUUGAGGUACGAUACGGUAAGAAGUUUACAAGAUUCCUGAAAUGAUUGUGGUACCCUUCAGUCCUUGAUAGAGCUAUGGCAGAUGAAAAUAGACGGUUGGUGUCUGUUCUUGAACAGCACACUAAACAACUUGAGGAGCUACUGGACGGAGUCAAGUCCAGGGUCAAAGAUACUAUGCAAGAUGUUGCAGAAAUGGGCAUUUCUCAACUUGGUCGGGCAAUUGGAAUUUACUACUCUCUUUUCACGAGUUUGAACGUUGUUAGUCGUUCAGAUCUAGAAACCAUCUUCAAGCGUCAUUUCCACCACCCACCUGUCCAAAAUGCAGUCUCAGACUUAGAAGAGCUUGAGGGUGAAUGGGAUGACUUCCUAGAAAGAGUCCAAAAGCAGAUCUCUGGCCCUGGUGAGACACAUUCUUCCCUUAUUGUAGGAUCCCAAGGACCAUGUGAACUGAUGGUGAAGAAUGUAAGGAGUGGAAUAAUGUCAACAUUGGCUACAUACCUGGAUGGUACAAGCCAUGUUCUCCUUAUCCUACUCCGACACUUUGCCUGACUACCGUGACGCACCCACGUAGCCGAACUAGAGAGACGGUACCAAGAGGUCAAGGAGGCUGGUGGUCGUGUCUUGAUUGUCUCGUUCGGCUCACAAGAGGGUGCACUUCACUGGUUAGAUGUGACAGGAUGUCCAUUUGAUAUGGUGACGGAUGAAGAGAGGAUGAUUUACAAGGCGUUUGGCCUACAGGUGUCCAUAUCCAAGGUUUGGCAGAUCAGUGCUAUGUUGUACUAUGCUGAGCAGAAGGCUAUUGGGACUGUGUUGCCUAAGAAACUAGACAAUGUAGAGGAUGAUCCAAAUCAGAUGGGUGGUGAUUUCAUCCUGAAUCCAAUGGGCAUUGUAUCCUUUGUACACUGCAGUAAAUCACCCCAAGAUAGACCAUCUGUAGAUGAACUCCUCAAAGCCAUCAAGAUAAUGGACUUAAAAGAUCAAGUUGAAGGUAGCGCAUAAACUUCCGUCCCGAGCUUUCUGAAUGUUAGGAACAAAAUCCUGUACUCGGGAACAAAAUCUAAUCACUUCCAAAGUGUAUUUCCAAUAAUUGGAAUUAAACAUGGAUAUUGAGCAAGUACCAAUAGAAAGUUUACUGUAUUUUAAAUGCAUUUGUGUCUUAGCUAUAACCCAAAGAGGUUUUUGUGAUUCUUUGAUAUUGGCAACAUGUACAAUAAUUUUUUUUUGCACUGUUAAUCUCAAUUUUACUUUGUUAUUCCUUUAGGCUUAGAUUGCCUGAAGAUUUUUUUUUAGGUAUACCCAAAGUGUGAAGAAUAAAAUUCACAAAUCAUGAGUGUGUCACUUAUAUUAGCCUAGCAUUCUUUUGAGUAUUGUGGACUUUGCCUAUCUAUCCUAAAAUUGUUUAAGUAUUCCAGUGUAAUGUAUAUUUUCAGUACCUAUUGGGUGAUUUCAAGUUUGGUAUUGGUGAAAUCAUGAAUUUUGUUGCCUGACCUAUCUCCAAUUUUAGUUGACAAAAGUGAUGAAAUCAAGUUUGUACUAUAAAGGUUUUUGAUAACUCAGUACUGAGUAAUUUUAGUCUAAGCAGUGAACACCAACCUCAUAUCAAGUUCAAUGGCUAGAGUGAAGUAAUUUCAACACAAACACCAGCUAUCAACAACUGAACUUGAAGUCACCGAUACUUUAAUAUGAGUAGAGUUACAUAUUUAGAUCGAUGCCUUGUAAUUGGUGAUAAGACUGUUCUAAUGACCAGCAUAGUGUUCAUUUAUUGUGCAGUAAUGUGUCAUAUGUGUGUAUGUUAAAUUGUAAUACCUCUGCAAGUUACCACUACUUAAACAUAAAAUUGGGUAUUUUCUUUUUUUCUUUUGUGCUAACAUUUUCUAUGAAUUCAACUUGCUUGUCUUAUUGUAAGAGUUGAUAUAUUUCAUAUCCUAGAUAAUUGAAGCAUGUGCAAUAAUUGAGUAAUGCUUGGUAUGUAUCAAAGUAUCCCCUUCAUAGAAAUAUGAAGUCAUUGGAUUUACCCAAUGUACCAAAUCUUUCAGUUCUUGAAAGGUUACUCAAGUUGACCUGUAUUCAUUUAAUUAUCUGUCAGAUUUUCCUCACAGGGAAUUAUAAAUUUUCAACUCUCAGGGUUUAGUAAGAUGGGGUAGUUUGAAGUAUCUAUGCAAUUUUAAUGUCCAAUAUGAUUGUAUUUUCUAUUGUUUGAGAAUGUGCAAACUUUUUCAUUUGUAUGACAAAUCCCGAAUUCAUUCUUCAUGGCUCCUUAUUUGCAUGUCUAGCCAAGGUUUGAACUGAUGACGGCUCUAACAAAAACCACUUCUGUGGGAGUCACUGCCUGAUGUGAAUUAGAAUUCUGGCUAAACAUGUAACUCAGGGCACUUGUAAAAUGGAUGGGUUGAAAAUUGGACAAAUAAUAAAUACUGACAAUUUGUUUGAACAUCUGUUAUUAACUAGUAGUACUUAUAAGUAUUGUAUUUAGAUGAUAAAGGACGAUUGUUUUUUCUUAAAUAUACAUGAAUUUACAAAUUAAAGAUAUGAUAUAUGAAAUGACCAUGUGCCAAAUACUGAAAGAUAUUUGAAUAUUAGAGAUUGUAUCAUUAUGUGGAGUAUUGUGGCCAAGUGGAUUAGUCUCCAGACUUUGAAACCUAGGGUUGUGGGGUCAAAUCCCAGCCAUGGUGUGUUUUCCUUCAGCAAGAAAUUUUUCCACAAAUGUGCAGCACUCAACCAAACCAAGGUGAGGUAAAUGGGUACCUGAUCGCAAGACUUUUUGAACUAUUAACAUUUUUCUGCGAUCUUGAAUGAUCUGAUAUGAUCACUACAAUUACUCCAAGGUUAAGAUCACAUUUCAUAAUCAUGGUGCGAAUCGUGAAAGUGUGAACUAGGUAUUAGAAAUGUUCAGGGUUUGAGGUUUCACAUAGAUUUGUGCUAGGUGUAAUGUAGUGCACAAAGUAAGGUUGAUGUUUGUACAAAUAUUUAUAAUCAAUCAAUUUAAUAAAAUGAUAUUUAUUUAAUAAUAAAUCGCUAAUGUCAGCAACUCAUUUAUUUAAGAAUUUAAUUUGAUUAAAAUCCACUUGUUUAGUUUUAAUAGUGUACAAGGCCCCGCUGUAUAUACUUGUCCAUCAAAGUUAUUUUCAAUGGAAAUUUUGCCAUCACUUGAACUUGGGCACUCUGCAGAGUGAAAUUGAGCAUUGUAUAGAUUGUAUCAUCAAUUUUAAUCACAGAAACUGAGCUCAAUUGUCAAUCAAAAUAAUAUUUCUAUGUUUAUCACCACCA